ACAUUCAACCGUUUGGUAUAUAGGAAACCACGUAAUCGGAAAUUCCAGAAUAAACUUCAAGGUGUCUCGGGCGUCAGACAGCCAUAUUGGUUAUGAGCCUACACUAUCUUACAAUUUAGUUUUUGAAAUACAAGAUCACAUUCGGAAAUAUUGGAGAAAGAAAAGAUAACAAGCACUGACAAUUGAAAGCCAAUUUCUGCCAGAUCUAAGCAGAGAACUUACUUUGCAACCAUGUGUAUUCUGUAAUUGGAUGUAUGCUAUUGCUAGGGUUGGACGUCAAGGUUAAAGCAUGGAAGAAACAGGAAAUGGGACAGAACCUUUUAUUCCAGGACAUCACGAAGCCGAGAUCUGCUGUGGAGGUGAAGCUGACUUACACAAGCACUAUAACAGCUGUAAGAAGAAUCCAGGUCAUGUCAACUUUAUACCUGUGAAUGAUUUUAACUUGGAUCAUCUCCCCUCACCUUACCAUGACGUCAUCGUGUUGGAGCAAAUCAAAGCAUUGUCUGCCCUAACGGUCCUGAUAAAGGUCAAGUACACCAGUCUAGAGAGACCAGAGUCUGCUCCAUGCUUCAGUGGCCAGUAUCCAUUUUAUAACACCAGAGGAAGUGACGUGUUGAGGACAGGGACGGGGAGGGUGUGGCGUGUGGCCAAGUACACAGAGAGUGACAAAUUGGGUACUUGUCCAUGUGACAAGUGUAAACACUCGGACACACCAAACAAAAUGUGGGGGGAGGUUUGUGUGGUGACAGCCACACACGUGGUGUUUGAUGACAGUGAGGUGAAACAGACCAUGUGUGUGGUAGGUUUUGAUGACAAUAAAAGUCCUGGGGUCAAACUUGAAGGCUGGGAUGUGAGGUGGGCAAUCAUAGAGUCAGACUUUUGUGAGUUUACAUGUGUGUCGUGUGACUUAGAGUUGCUUGAUGAACUGGACAAGAUGUUGCAGCACUUUAAAGACCUAUGUAAGAAAGUAAAGGACAAAUACGGGACAGUUGAUGAUGUGGACAAGAUGGCCAUUAUAGUGUCACAUCCUCAUGGCUGUCCUAAACAGGUCUCAGUAGGACGAUGGACACACCAACAUGAGAGGUCCACGUACACAUGUAUAUGUCCAGGUUCCAUUGGAGCGUGGGUCUACAUGCCGGGAUAUGACAAGUGGUGCGCAGGUCCCCAUUGUGAUGGAGAGUAUAGUGAGAAGGGUAGCUGGGUGUAUGAUCCACCUGUAACUGUUGGCUCUCUCCACAUAUCUAAUGAAACUGUCGAUUCUCUCCCCUUGUCUAAUGUAACUGUUGGCUCUCUCCCCAUGUCUAAUGAAACUGUUGAUUCUCUCCCCUUCUCUAAUGUAACUGUUAGUUCUCUCCCCUUGUCUAAUGUAACUGUUUGUUCUCUCCCCUUGUCUAAUGUAAAUAAACAAAAUGGCGGCUCUCUUCAUUAAACUUGGAUGUGUCAAGACUUGAAUGGCUUCAUCAGCAACUUUGUAUUCUGGUGAAGACAAGAAAUAAAUUGUUUAGUUUCUUUCACGUCAUUUGUUUAGAGUUGUUAGACACAUAAACAAAAUUAUAAACAAAUGUUUAUUGUUGAGAAAUGAAAUAUUUAUAGGUUACACUUGUAUCUUUGUUUUGUUUAAACCUCCACAUUAGAUUUGUCUUCGCUAUCAUUGUCUUUAUUUGUACUUUAAUUCAUGUUUGUAUUUGCUUACAAAACUGUUUGUAUAGAUGUCAAUAAAGUUUUAAAAUGUUUCAAA